AGUACAAGACCUGCAAGGACGGCAGCGUGCUGGGCGUGACGGUGACCAGGAUCGCGCUGCUGACCCACUGCCAAGCCCUGACCCAGGCGUGCGGCUACACGGAAGCGGAGACCAUCGUGAACGUGCUGGACUUCAAGAAGGACGUGGGGCUCUGGCACGGGAUUCUGACGAGCGUGAUGAACAUGAUGCACGUGAUCAGCAUCCCCUACUCGCUGAUGAAGGUGAACCCGCUCUCCUGGAUCCAGAAGGUCUGCCAGUACAAAGCCAAGGUGGCCUGCGUGAAGUCCAGGGACAUGCACUGGGCGCUGGUCGCGCACAGGGACCAGAGGGACGUCAACCUGUCUUCCCUGCGGAUGCUCAUCGUGGCGGACGGGGCCAACCCCUGGUCCAUCUCUUCCUGCGACGCGUUCCUCAACGUCUUCCAAAGCAAAGGCCUCCGGCAGGAGGUCAUCUGUCCCUGCGCCAGCUCGCCGGAGGCGCUCACCGUGGCCAUCCGGAGGCCCACGGACGACAGCAACCAGCCCCCGGGCCGGGGCGUGCUCUCCAUGCACGGGCUGACCUACGGGGUCAUCCGCGUGGACUCGGAGGAGAAGCUGUCCGUGCUCACGGUGCAGGACGUCGGCCUGGUGAUGCCCGGAGCCAUCAUGUGCUCGGUGAAGCCGGACGGGGUCCCCCAGCUGUGCAGGACGGACGAGAUCGGGGAGCUCUGCGUGUGUGCGGUGGCCACCGGGACCUCCUACUACGGCCUCUCGGGCAUGACCAAGAACACCUUCGAGGUGUUCCCCAUGACGAGCUCGGGGGCGCCCAUCAGCGAGUACCCCUUCAUCAGGACGGGCCUGCUGGGCUUCGUGGGCCCCGGGGGGCUCGUCUUCGUGGUGGGCAAGAUGGACGGCCUCAUGGUGGUCGGCGGGCGCCGGCACAACGCGGACGACAUCGUGGCCACGGCGCUGGCCGUGGAGCCCAUGAAGUUCGUCUACAGGGGAAGGAUAGCUGUGUUCUCAGUGACAGUCCUCCACGACGACAGGAUCGUGAUCGUGGCGGAGCAGAGGCCGGACUCCACGGAGGAGGACAGCUUCCAGUGGAUGAGCAGGGUGCUCCAGGCGAUCGACAGCAUCCAUCAAGUCGGCGUUUACUGCCUGGCCUUGGUGCCGGCGAACACGCUCCCGAAGACCCCGCUCGGCGGGAUCCACCUGUCGGAGACGAAGCAGCUCUUCCUGGAGGGCUCGCUGCACCCCUGCAACGUCCUCAUGUGCCCCCACACCUGCGUCACCAACCUGCCCAAGCCCCGGCAGAAGCAGCCAGAAAUCGGCCCUGCCUCUGUGAUGGUGGGGAACCUGGUCUCGGGGAAGAGGAUCGCGCAGGCCAGCGGGCGGGACCUGGGCCAGAUCGAAGACAACGACCAGGCCCGAAAGUUCCUGUUCCUCUCCGAGGUCCUGCAGUGGAGGGCGCAGACCACGCCGGACCACGUGCUCUACACGCUGCUCAACUGUCGGGGCACGAUCGCCAACUCGCUGACCUGCGUGCAGCUGCACAAGCGGGCGGAGAAGAUAGCCGUGAUGCUGGCGGAGCGCGGCCACCUGCAGGACGGUGACCACGUCGCCCUGGUGUACCCGCCGGGAAUCGACCUCAUCGCCGCCUUCUACGGCUGCCUGUACGCCGGCUGCGUGCCCAUAACCGUGCGCCCCCCGCACCCGCAGAACAUCGCCACGACGCUGCCCACCGUCAAGAUGAUCGUGGAGGUGAGCCGCUCCGCCUGUCUGAUGACCACACAGCUGAUCUGUAAAUUGCUGCGUUCCAGGGAGGCGGCGGCCGCCGUGGACGUCAGGACGUGGCCCCUCAUCCUGGACACAGAUGACUUGCCAAAGAAGCGGCCGGCCCAGAUCUGCAAGCCCUCCAACCCCGACACCCUGGCGUACCUCGACUUCAGCGUGUCCACGACCGGGAUGCUCGCCGGCGUAAAGAUGUCUCACGCAGCCACCAGUGCCUUUUGCCGUUCCAUUAAGCUGCAGUGUGAACUUUACCCCUCUAGAGAAGUGGCCAUCUGCUUGGACCCUUACUGUGGACUUGGAUUUGUCCUCUGGUGCCUCUGCAGCGUGUACUCGGGGCACCAGUCCAUCCUGAUCCCGCCCUCGGAGCUGGAGACCAACCCUGCCCUGUGGCUUCUCGCCGUGAGCCAGUACAAGGUGCGGGACACGUUCUGCUCCUACUCGGUGAUGGAGCUGUGCACCAAGGGGCUGGGCUCGCAGACCGAGUCGCUCAAGGCACGAGGACUGGACUUGUCCCGAGUGAGGACCUGCGUGGUGGUGGCGGAGGAGCGGCCCCGCAUUGCGCUCACGCAGUCCUUCUCGAAGCUGUUCAAAGACCUGGGCCUCCACCCGCGGGCCGUGAGCACCUCGUUCGGCUGCAGGGUGAACCUGGCCAUCUGCUUGCAGCCCCACAGGCUGUGGACACUGGCCGAGCAGGGAACCUCGGGACCUGACCCAACCACUGUCUAUGUUGACAUGAGAGCCCUGAGACACGACAGAGUACGUUUGGUAGAAAGAGGAUCUCCACAUAGCCUGCCCCUGAUGGAAUCAGGAAAAAUACUCCCAGGGGUCCGGAUAAUAAUCGCCAACCCAGAAACGAAAGGCCCAUUGGGAGACUCGCACCUGGGAGAGAUCUGGGUGCACAGCGCCCACAACGCCAGCGGCUACUUCACCAUCUACGGAGACGAGUCCCUCCAGUCGGACCACUUCAGCUCAAGGCUAAGUUUUGGAGACACUCAGACCAUCUGGGCACGGACGGGCUAUUUGGGGUUCCUGCGGAGAACGGAGCUCACAGACGCGAAUGGAGAGCGCCACGACGCGCUGUACGUGGUCGGCGCGCUGGACGAGGCCAUGGAGCUGCGGGGCAUGCGCUACCACCCCAUCGACAUCGAGACCUCGGUGAUCAGGGCCCACAAGAGCGUCACGGAGUGCGCCGUGUUCACCUGGACCAACCUGCUGGUGGUGGUGGUGGAGCUGGACGGGUCGGAGCAGGAGGCGCUGGACCUGGUGCCCCUGGUGACCAACGUGGUCCUGGAGGAGCACUACCUGAUCGUGGGCGUGGUGGUCGUGGUGGACAUCGGCGUCAUCCCCAUCAACUCGCGCGGCGAGAAGCAGCGCAUGCACCUGCGCGACGGCUUCCUGGCCGACCAGCUGGACCCCAUCUACGUGGCCUACAACAUGUAGCCGCGCCCGGCUCCCGUGGACUUUCGCGGAGACGCGCGUUCCCGCGUCCGCCGGGCGUGCAGGCGCGGGCGAGGUCGGCCCGCGGGCGGGACGGGCGAGGGAGGAGGACUCGCCGCAGCCGCGUCGGCGUGGAGACGAGACGUGAACGCACCGCUGGAUCUGCUCAGAAGGACUCGGAUUUACUGCCUUCAGUUUGUUGGAUGGAAAAGCCCAUUUCAAAGACUUUCUUUUCUUUUCUUUUUUUUUCUAAUUAUUGGAUAAUAAGUGCUUUCUUCGUAAAUGUGGUAUUUUGUUAAGCCGAAAUAGCAAUUAAAAAAAAGAGAUCCUGCCCUCCAGAUGGGUUCUUUUAAACAAUUUUAUGUAGUGUGGCAAAGAAUUGUUUUCUCUGUUUUUAAUGUGUCAUGGAACCUUGAUGACAUGGAUCUGUCACUAAUUUAAGCCAUUGCUAGAUCUCAUCCUUUUAGGAAAGUUUAUUGAGGUACGAGAAAACCUUCCAAAUAGCACCUUCCAAUUAGAUUUUAGCAGCUUUCUUUGUCAGAAAUGUGCUGAAGAAGCAAAGGCUGACACAUGGCCUUUGAAGUUAGCAUAGAACGAGAAGAAAUUAUAAAUAAGGUGUAUUUCGGCAAUUAUCUUGCAAAUAUCUUUGUACUAAACUAAAAAGAUAAAAAUAAGUUAACUUCCUCAAUAUGUAAUUAUGUACAAAACGUUUAAUUUAUUUUGAUCUCUUUAGAAGUAUAAAAGAGAAAAAAACAUUCAAGAAUAUUAAAGUCUUGUAAUGUUUGCUAAUAUAAAAAAA